CAAGCCGCGGCUCUUCCAACCACACCUCCUCCUUGCUCUUGAGCCCGUUUAAAUUCUCUCAAUAUCAACACAGCGUCCACCUCGCCUGCUAUCAUCUCCAAGCUAACUGUAGCUGAAGCUUGGGUACUUUAUAUACGAGGAUUAUCCAACUUAUUCAAUAUAUUUGACGCUUGAAACUUCGCGACAGCAUCAUCAUGACUGAACCAGAAGAUCUCGAGGAAGAUCUCUUUGCUGAUCUUUACGAUGCAGAUGACAGCGCGCAGCGCGCAGCUCCCCCAGCUGCUACGCCAAGUUUUCCAGAACCCCAGCCGCCACCGCAAACUGAAACGAACACGUCCACGGCACAGCAACCAACUAGCGACAAUAACCAAAGCCAUCAUAUAGAAAUUCAGUCGGAGCAGCAGCAUUUGAUGAAUGGCGACCAACGAAAUGGUGCUAAUGAACCGACGCAGAUGACACAGGAAAGUGAUCAUAUUCAAAGCCAUGUAGAGUCAGGAAGUCAUGGGAGUCAUGGAACCGGUAUUAAAGAAGAUGGCAAAAUGUUUAUCGGGGGGUUGAACUGGGAGACAACUGACCAAUCACUCAAAGACUACUUUUCCCAGUUCGGAGAAGUUCAAGAAUGCACUGUAAUGCGUGACGGCGCCACCGGACGCUCAAGGGGAUUCGGCUUCCUCACUUUCAAAGAUCCCAAGACUGUGAACACUGUGAUGGUGAAAGAACAUUAUCUGGAUGGUAAAAUUAUCGACCCGAAACGCGCCAUUCCUAGAGAUGAACAGGAGAGGACAAGUAAAAUAUUUGUCGGUGGAGUUAGCCAAGAAGCAACAGAGCAAGACUUUAAACAGUUUUUUAUGCAGUUUGGUCGCGUCGUGGAUGCCACUCUCAUGAUCGAUAAGGAUAGCGGCCGGCCUCGAGGGUUCGGGUUCGUAACCUUUGACAGCGAGGCAGCUGUUGAAGCGACCCUAUCUGGCCCGCUAGAAAUCCUCGGGAAACCGAUCGAGGUCAAGAAGGCGCAGCCGCGCGGGAAUAUGCGGGACGAUGACGACCGAGGCAGGGGUUCGCGCCGCGGCAUGAGAGAUCAACAGGAUCGUUAUGGUAGGGACAAUGAUCGCUCUGCUGGUCAGGAGAAUUCGCAACAACAAAACACCCAGAGUCAAGGAGGCUUGACAAGUGGCAUGAGCCCGCAAAUGAUGGCACAAUACUGGCAGCGUAUGCAACAGUAUUUCGCCCUAAUGCAGCAACAAAUGGCUGCUGCCGCCGCUCAGGGCCAACCUGCUGGAGGCGCAAUGGGGAUGGCGGGUAUGAAUCCGGCGAUGUUACAACAGAUGAGCGCGAUGGGUGGUAUGAGCGGAGGAGCACCUCAGGGAGCGAUGAGUCCUGGAUCUCAAGUCCCCGGUGCCCAAGUGAUGCAAGGCAUGAUGAAUCCAGCCAUGAUGCAGCAGAUGCAGCAUAUGCAACAGAUUCAGAACCAGGGCCAGGGCCCGGGUCCGGGUGGAUCUGGAUUUGGAGCAGGCGGAAUGGGAGGACAGAUGAACAAUGCCAUGGCCGCUGGACCCGGUCCAGGUCCUGGUAUGGGCGGAAAUAUGGGAGGCGCAGGCGUUGGUGGGAGUGUAGGAGGACCGCCACCGGGUGGAAUGGCGGGCGGCGGCGGUCCCAAUAUGGGUAUGAGCGGCCCGGGUGGCAGCUUUUCCGGCCCAAGAGGCGGCCCUGGGUACAAUGCUCAGGAGCAAAUUGCUUUUGAGCAGCAAAAGUACGAACAGCAACAAGCACGCAGAGCCAUCGAGUCAUCUCGAGGAUUUGCUCCGUACCAACAAGGUGGUCCUACUUCCUGGGAAGGAAUGUACGAUGACGUCCCGCAGCCAAAUAUCCCAACUGGUCCACAGAGCGGCGGUAGCAUGGGCCGGGGAGGUGGAGGAGGUAUGGGCCGUGGAAUGUCACCAAGCCACGGUAUGCCACCACAGCAUGGUGGUGCUCGGCCAUCUCCUGGUAGCAACAAAAGCAUAACACCACAGCCACAAAGCGCGCCGCCAGCGAAUGCACCUACCGGGCCGCGAAACGCGGGGAAACCAGGGGCGAACUACCGUGGCGGAGGCCGGGGUGCUCAUCGGGGAUUCCAUCCUUAUGCUCGCACUUGAAACGAAUAGGAUACUGAGAACUGGAUUAGUUGGCUUAAAAAAUCAAAGGGAUAUACGCUGAUAGAUAUGGGUGACUUUUUUCCAAACGAACGAGUCGGGUUUAUUUUUAUUGUUAAAAUAAUUACACCGGAUUCGUCUAUCAACGUGUCGAUUACGCCUUUAAGACUCAACGAGAGUUCCCUUUCAUCCACAAAACGAGCUCUCCUCUCUACUUGGUGAUCAUUCUAUAGGUGCGCUUGGUGGCCCUCAUACUUCGAAAACACGGCCAAAUCAAUACAACUCUUCAAAACGCGUGCUUUUCCGUCCUCUUAAUAAUCUCGACACGACCUCGUUUUGCUUUCUUAUCUCUGUUUACUCUACCUUUCCUUGCUUCUUGUUUUACGGACGGCGUCAAAACAUUUCUUCCUUUUUUGUACCUUUUUCGCCCCUUCAUAAGUUGUCGUCAACCCAGAGUUCAUGUUCCUCUUCUUUUCGUUUUGAUCGCGCUACCGCUACAAAACCCAUUUCCAAUGCUCCACGUAAAUAACAAAUUUUGUUCCAAUUUUUAUCACGUGUUGUUCAUUUGAUUAUCCGACUCUAAUCGUCCUAAUCGUCAUUUGGCUUUUGAAAUAAUUUCCUCGCUUAUUCUUCUCCGAAGUGAUUUGAGUCUGUCUUAAUUCUCUCCUUCUUGAGGUGUAUUGUAAUAUAACAAUUUAAAACAAAAUAAGGGCACAAAGAGGGAAAAAAAAGAAAAAAAGCGAAGCAACCAUUUUCCCAAGUCCAAUUGUAGUCUUUCGCCAGGGUAGAUAUGCUCACUUACUAUGGAUAUGUAGAAGCGAGAAGUAUUUUGUGUUCUUAUUGAUACAUAUCAAAUUGCUGGGUGCAUGUGUGAAGUACAGUGGCAGAACAGCUUGACAGGUUUUUUUCUCCCCUGAGGCCACACGACAGAUAUAUCAAAUAUGAGGCGUUGGCGGAAGCUAGAGAAAAG